CCACACAUUUGUACUUUGAUUUCUCCUUUUUCUAAUAGGAAUUUUCCUUUAAGCCUUUUUCUUUUUUUGGCUUCUGGUUUUCAGAUGAUGUCAUGAAAACUCCAGUUCCUGGCUUUGAAUUCAGAAGAUCACCACUACCUCCCUUUUCAGAUAUUUAGUGCUGCAAUUUCUUUAUUGGAGAAAUGUCUUCAAAGCCAGAGGAGGAUAAAGAGAGGCUGGCUCAAGCUGCCAAUACGUUCUUCUUUCACAUGCAAAAUAUUGCUUCCUUCACAAACACACUUAUUGAAUUGUUUAACCGCAAUAUGAAUACCCAGAUCCUCUUGACAGCCGUGAAGGAAGAUGGUAAAGUUAAGGAUUUCUUUGAGCAAAUGCUCAAAAUUGUUACGGAGAUGCAAUCGGUAGUGGAUGCAAUGAACAAAAACAUGCAAGAUGAGCCUUUACAUUCUAAGAUUGCAACGGCCAUGAGUUCUGUGGUUGAGCAGGGUACCAGUGUAAAGGGGUUGCAUCAGGCAGCCAAAAAAGUGUUCAAAAACGCCCAUAUACCACUCAUUGUCUCUGUUCUGAGUCAUGGCAAUGUCCUUGGGAUUUUGAUCUCUUCUAUUACACUCUUAAUGAAAUUUCCCAUCAUGAAUCUUCAGCUGAGUGACUUCUAUAGGAAAGACACUAAAGAGCAAUCAGAUGCCACCACAUCUGGGACAAGCACGAGUUCAGGUCCUCCUGAAACCAACACAACGGAGACCUUGAAAAAACUGCAGGAUGCACUACAAGAGGAGAAUGCCAAGAAUCCCUUAGAGUCAGCUGCAAGUCAAUUGGAGGAAAUUGUCAAGACUAUGGGCCCAGUCUUAGAGAUCCUCCAAAAAGCUACAAAGACUUUGGAGACCAGUAUUCCCGUGUUGAAGAAAGUUAGUGACAAGUAG